CCGCACUAACCCAAUGACAGCAACCAACUCAGGCGACGUUGCCCAAACAAACCCUUGACAGAAUGCUCGUCCAGUUUUAUAAAGAGUGGGUGGCAGCUUGAAGGGAGAUACAGUUGUCCACCCCCCACUGUUACUAGAACAUGCUCUUCUCUGUACUGCUUGUCAUCAAUUCCUUGCCUUGCAUCUUCGGGGCUGCUGUGGUGCCUCCAUGGUUUCGGUGGCUCGGUGGCGCCCUUCCCUCGUGCAAGCUGAAGGGCGUCAAAAUGCCCAACCAGACGAGUGCUUUCCCAAAGACAAGUCAAAAGUCGGACCCCGAAGCGGUGAUGUUAGGUGCUGGGGUGCAGAACUACACGUGCACCAAUGGGAAAUAUACUUCCAUGGGUGCUGUAGCCACAUUAUUCGACAUCUCCUGCAUCAUCCGAGAUCAGAAUUCCCGCAGUCUCUCUUCCUUCGCAAAAGGACUCGUCUCCGGCCCAGUCCUGGAAAGCUCUUGGGUUCAAGGCUUUGCAGCUGGGCACCACUACUUCGUCAACAUCAACGGCGCGCUCCUUCCUCGCUUCGAUCUAUCAAAGAGUAAAACCGUUCGUAAUGAUGAAUAUAUAAUUGCGCGUAAGCUCGCGAACAUCCCUUCCCCUGAUGGCGCCUCCAAUGUAGACUGGCUGCAAUUAGGAGGAACUGGGACAGGGAGCUAUGCUAAUUUCGUUUAUCGGGUUAAAACUGCUGGGGGUCAACCCCCGUCAUCAGUGAGUGAGAAGCCGGUUUUUCAAACGUGUUCGGACCGGUGACGUGCAUUCGACCAGUGCAAUUCGGGAGAUCCUGACAUUUGUAUCCCCUACGGAGCCCAGUACUGGUUUUACAAAUAAACUUCCU